UGUGGCUGUAUUUUUUAGUCUUGACAGUUAAAGCGCUCAAGGACUUUCCUGAGCGAACUCUCCGUAAACUAACUGCUUACCCGGCAAAACACCGUGACACAGCAAGCUCUCCCAGCAUUACCUCUACUGAGCCCAGGAAAGUACCUGACACGAGAGAAAAGUGCUGUAAUUGUACUUAAAAUAAGAAAGUGUGGGUUGUUAAGAAGUGCUCAGGGUACUGUAGACACCGCCGCAUUGGCUCGGACUGAUCAUUGAGAACAGACAACGCAAAUCUUAUCGCGUGCGCGCUAAGUAGACGGAAAACAACUCGAGCGGCGGAGACAUUCCCAUCCCCUUUCGGAUUCACUUUCAUCCGCUCAUUUUCGGAAAACUUUUCCUGUUGACGUUUAUUAAGAGCCGCCUAUGCGUCUCCGGCUGAGCGCUCGUUGGAUUAUUAUUUGCUUGCACGGUCUCACGCUGCGCAGCUCUUUCAUGUCUGUCUGACUCGAACUUUUUCAAGGAUUUCGUAGAUGAACUUGUUGUGGUGAGUCCCCUUUAAACCCUCACGGCCUGUGUUGUACUCUGUUUCUAGACUAUGGAGGUUCCGGUCGGGCUGGGGGAGGCUUGCGAGUCCCCAGACGCCGUUUUUCACGGAAUUUACCAAAGCGUUUUUCAAAACGUGCGCUUCGCGAGAGCGAGCAACCACGAGAGUUUGGACUUUUCUAGCUCCAAGAAGUGCGGCUGCCUCCAGGAGACCGCGUCGAGGGAAAUGCGGUUAAGCAAGCUGUCCCCCGGCAAAGAAAUAAUAUGCUGCCCCGAGAAAGAGUGCGAGAGUGCGAGUUUAGUGAUGCAGGCGGCGGCGAGCCGAAACAUUAUUCAUUUUCUCAAGAGUUCCACAGGAAGCAAAAGCGACUCGUCGCUGUCAUUUAGCGGCUCGGGCCGCGCAGAUGCCACCGAAAGCAGCGGCAGUCGCGACAGUUUAUUUCGGGGCGCUGAGAGCGGACAGAAGGGCUGCGGUACGGUUGAAGUUCACACGCGCGAAUUGGGCUCGAGUCGUGACGCAAGUGUGGCGAGUAGAAGUCGCGCGUGCACCAGCAGCAGCGGCGACGGCGACAACAGCAGCAGUAGCAUCUCGGAGACGGCGCGAGAGCUGUGCAAAGCCGUGUCCGUGUCUUUGGGCUUAGCUAUGGAGUCCAGCGAACUGGGCGAGGUGGGACCGCACCAUGCGCCGCCGACCCUGACCACUGAAAGUAGUAGUGAGGAAAUCUAUUUCUUUGGAAUGCCUAUGCUCAACUGCUCAGUGAGCGAAAGGGAGGCAGGAGGGAAAGACAGAGAGUACACUCUCGCGGCGGGAAGAGAAAGAGGCACAGAGCUGCGAGGCAGGGACAAAGUGCUCGGGAUGUUUAAAAGUGGCGACCUGGAGCAGCUAGCAGGUGAGGGGACGACCUUGCAGUGCAGCAGCACGUCUCGAUCACACUUAACCGCGGAUGUACAGGAGCUGCAUGAGUUUGGCAGCCUGUCCGGGGACAUUACCAACCUGAGUUCAGAAGCUACGGCAACAACGACAGCACCGGAUAUGGACGCAACGCGAGCGGCUUCGUGCCAGUUUGAACAACUGUUGCCCGCGAGCAUGACCCAUUUCAUGCACCCGGAGCUAGAAAACGGACGGAGCCAGAGCUUCUCGAAACACGCGGAGAUGUCCGGCGAGUUCGCGGGCCCCGUUGAGGAUUACGUGAAUCUCUAUAAUGUCAAAAUCAAGGCAGAGAUGAUGCCCCGUGAACUGAAUGACACCUGGGCGUACCCGCAUAGGUACACUGAGGACAGUAACGGCCAGUACGGGCCUCCCAAUCAGAGGACCACUUACGCAUCUGGCCACGAAACGUCUUUUAUUUGUAACCCCUAUGAGUACGGCCGAAGCGAGGCUCUGGUUCCGAGGGAGCGACCUUCACCUGAACAGUGGUACCCCAACGGGAUGUUGACCCGUCCUCCUUACCCUAACGUGCCCUGCGUGAAAAACGAGAUGGGCAAAUGGCUGGAUGUAACUUCAUUUGCGGAUGGCAGGUUUGAUGGAGGGAGGAGUGACAUUUUCCCAAUGGAUUUUUUCCUUCCUCCACAAAGGAGAUGCCUAAUCUGCUCUGAUGAAGCAUCAGGAUGUCACUAUGGAGCCCUCACUUGUGGAAGCUGCAAAGUUUUCUUUAAGAGAGCUGCUGAGGGGAAGCAGAAGUAUCUCUGCGCUAGCAGGAAUGACUGCACCAUAGAUAAACUGAGGAGGAAGAACUGCCCAUCCUGCCGUCUGAAGAAGUGUUUCGAGGCCGGAAUGACCCUGGGAGCCCGCAAGCUGAGGAAGAUCGGACAGAUGAAAGGUCCGGAGGAGGUCGGCCCCAUUCAGGGCCCAUCAGAGACAGCCCAGUGCAUGUCGCCUAAGCCAAGCCUGACGUUCCACUCACAGUUGAUCUUCCUGAACAUCCUGGAGGCCAUCGAGCCCGAGGUGGUGAACGCCGGCCAUGAUCAUGCUCAGCCUGACUCAGCAGCUGCUCUCCUCACCAGCCUUAACGAGCUGGGAGAGAGGCAACUUGUCAAGGUAGUGAAGUGGGCCAAAGGACUUCCAGGUUUCCGUAACCUGCAUGUGGAUGAUCAGAUGACGGUCAUACAACACACCUGGAUGGGAGUGAUGGUCUUUGCUCUGGGUUGGAGGUCCUACAAAAACGCCAAUGCGCGGAUGCUGUACUUCGCGCCGGACCUGGUCUUCAAUGAUCGUAGGAUGCAUAUCUCCAGCAUGUACGAGCACUGUGUUCAGAUGAAGCACCUCUCGCAGGAGUUUGUGCUGCUGCAGGUCACACAGGAAGAGUUCCUCUGCAUGAAGGCCCUCCUUCUUUUCAGCAUCAUUCCAGUGGAAGGGCUGAAGAGUCAGAAGUAUUUUGAUGAGCUGCGUCUGACAUAUAUAAACGAGCUUGAUCGUUUAAUCAACUAUGGCAGGAAGACCAACUGCGCCAUGCGCUUCCAUCAGCUGACCCGAUUGAUGGAUUCACUGCAACCAAUUGUUCAGAAGUUGCACCAGUUCACCUUUGACCUCUUUGUCCAAGCUCGGUCCCUGCCCACAAAGGUGUGCUUUCCUGAAAUGAUUGCAGAAAUAAUCUCGGUCCAGGUGCCAAAGAUCCUCGCUGGCCUGUCUAAACCAAUCCUGUUUCACAAAUGACGAGACUACACCCCUGAACAACUCAUCCAUACCAACCCCACCCAGGCCAUAUGAGCCAGUCAGUUUGGUCUGAUCCAGUUUGAUCCAGCCUAAACCAGCCUGCCAUGCUUUUAAUCUGGACUCGAAUUGAGCGAUGGGACUGAACGAUACUGAUUUUUUUGAUUUUCCAUUUUUUAGAAUUCCCCCCCUCUCUCCAUCCCUCCCUCCAUUUCUAUAUCAGUCUCAUCUCUCUCUCCUUUUGAAAAAUGGCCCUGAAAAGUAGAGGGACCAUUACAUCAUUACAGUUGUCUAUCUUCUCCUCAGAGAUCAUUUGAGCUCAUUUUCUCAAACUGACAGCAUGGCGUGAAGCAGGUUUUGUUCUUUCUUUCGACCAACAGUUAUCCUUCAAGAGUUACAGCGUGUUGCCUGGUGGACAGGUUGGGAAAAAAAAUUAUCACUGAAGUUUCAUCUGAGCCCUUAAUCAAAAAAAAAAACACAACCGGACAUUAUGCAGAUCUCUAACAGAGUCUGUGACCUGCCUCCUCUCUAUGCAUCGCAGUAUAAAAAGGUUUUAUUUAUUGUCCAUGACUUGAGAGAUCAGGAGAAGCAAAGCAGUAUGCAUAGAGAAAUACAUCCGAACAUGACACAAACGGUGACAGGAUCUCUUCGCUUGUGACUUUUACUCUUGUGAGUUAAACAACACACUACUAAAUAGAGUAUUGUAGUAUUACAACAGUGUUUCAGUACUGCAGGCUGGUUAUCACUCUCCUCCCUGCUUUAUUAGUUUAUUGAUUGUAAAACAAGUGCUUCAUUCAUUUCUUAUGAAAUGUAGAGGCUCUUUAAAAGCUUUUAAAAGAGGCAUCAUUCUUUUGGGAUCAGAAAAUUUGAGACUUUUUCAUUUAAUUGAAAAUCUGUCACAGUUGGGUUUUGCCACUAAGAAUAAAAGAACAGCACAAUAAAUUUAAGAAAAAUGUCAUCAAGAGUUGUCUUCUCCAGACAGCAGACUUUCGUUAAGACGGGGCUCAGUGCCCUCUUUUGCAACCUGGAAAUUUAAGUGCAGGUUUUGGGGUAUACUGUUGACAGUUUGUACAUAAAUACAGCAACGCCUGGGUCAACAAAGAUCUUCAAAUAUAUACACAUAUAUAUAUAUAAAUCUAUGCAUGCUGUCUUCAUAUCCAUCAACAAAACAACAGACAAUUGCAUGAUAAAGCCCUAGAUAUUCAAACAAACCAAACUGCAUUUCCAGUAAGCUAAAUGGAUAUUGUUAGGAAACAGGACUGUUUCCGAUAAGGCUCUUAUGAAGUUGCUCUCUCUCUUUCUCUUUCACUGUCCUUAAUGGAAAAUUUGGCAAGGUAAUGUUCUUGUAUAUAUAUCUGUAAAAGUUAAGCGUGGUCCUUUUAAAUCUUUCUAUGUGCUAAUGUUUGGAUGUAGUCAAUAGUUUUACAGUACAGUUUCCUCUUUCCUUUAUAGUAAGUGCCACUGAGGGAUUUGUAUUUCUCCGCGCUAGCAAUAAGCAAUCACAUGCUUAACACACUCUUUUAACGGGCUCUUUAAGAAUACCAAAACAUGCUUCAAAUGGUGCACAGCUUUAAAAAAAAAAAAAAAAAAAAUUAAAAUACACUAAAAACGAGCUAUGCGUAUGUGCUAACGCUGGACUGUUAUUUUUUCAGAAACUCGUACCAAAUAUCUUAAUCACCAGCAUCAACUGUCGCAAAUCAACGACAAGUGGUGCUAAAGUACUCCUCUUUAUUAACGAGGGUGUAAACCGGAUGGUUCACCCAAAAAAUGAAAAUUCUGUCAUCAUUUACAACAUUUUAAGUUGUUCUAAACCUGUAGUAGUUGUUUCUCUCUCUCUGUUGAACACACAAGACGACGUUGGUAAGCAAGCAGAUAUUUGCUGGUUGUUGGGGGGAUUUGGCUGGGGGUCUGGAAAUACAUUGGAAGUCUUUUUUUUUUUUUUACCAACCUUCUUCAGAAUAUCUUUGUGUUCAACAGAAGAAAGAAACUAGGCUACUAUAGGAUUGGAAAUACUUGAGGGUGAGUAAAUAAUUUUCAUUUAUGGGUGAACAAUCCCUUUAAACGAGACAAAAGACAAAACAAACAAAAAAAAAAAAAAAAAAAAAAAAAAAAAAAAAAAAAAGGCAUAUGUGUUUUUACUCCGCUUUCGCUUCAAUUAAAGCGUUCUCUAUUUAUCUGUCAGAAUGGAACAUCUUUACUCGCUUUCCUCAUACUCCGGCGCAGCGCGUGUUUUCUAGACGUCGUGUCAACUUCUUCCCUCCGCACGCUCUCCGUUUCUAAAUGAUUGAAUAAUGCCUGCAGCGUUAUGUAUGUAGAUUACUCUUUAAAGAGCCCUAAAAUCGUGGCGCUGUGUUGUCUUUGUCAGGACUGGGGUGACCUGGGGUGUACUUUCGGCAGAGCACUGAGUUUUCCGCUGAGUUGAGACGACGAGAUGUGGUUUAACUGCUCGAGCUCUUGUCGCCGCGGAGCAUGUUGACGGUUUAAAUGUGCCAGGCAGAGAAUAGGCUGUCAGAGACAGCUCCUCUGCGCUGACAGCACCGAGCUCCGCGCAAUUACACGCAGGUGUUUACCCAUUUAGACGACCCAAAAGCACUCAUUAGAAUUUGCAGAACUCCAAACUGCACUUUUACCCUGCCAAAAAAGAACUCAUGACUUUCACCACAAACCUGCAGCACUUUAGGACAGAGCCGAAGCCAAAGUCUAAUCACAAAGUCGUUCAUUAGCCGGCGGACUUUCGGAGGGGGCACUUGCAUGUUAAACAGAUAUAGUUCGUUCAUACUCGACAUCGCGAGAGACGCGCUCUCUCGCUGUCUUAUAAUAUUGUCUGUUUGUAAUGUCAGUCAGAUGUAACAGCUCGUUUGGCUCGCGCAGUGCUCGUGAUCCGACUCGUGCUUGAAUGACCCAUAAGCUGCUUUGUGACUUUCUUAACACAUCUCCUAUGAGCUAUGAUGUAGAACUUUGCGUGUUGGUUUUCAAUUAAAGUCAUAGGGUUUACUGUUAAUGUGUGCGGUUUGGUCAACCAAUAGCAAAAGCAUAUGUGUGUGUUUAUAUGCGCUCUUGUAAAUCUGUUAGCAGGCACUGCUCGGCCGCCCUUAGGUAGGCCUACAAAAGGGAAGAAAGCAAAAAGGGCCUUUUUUUUGGUGUCUUUUGCAAAAUACUGAAUUUGGCCUGUGUUGAUGACAAAAAAAGGUUUGCUUGGAUCCUACCAAUGUUUCUACUCUCACAUGAACAAGAGAACCUGGAGUCUUAAUAACAGUCUGCAUGUCACCAGGAUGCUUCCUGUGGUUAUAAACUGUUCUUUCUACUUGGGGGAAAAAAUGUUACCAAAAGAUUUUUCACUGAUAUAUUUUCCCCAGCAAUGAGGAAAGUAACUUUGGUUUCUAAUGUGUAUUAUCUUGUAUGUUGAACUGAGAGCACCACACUGGUUUACAGAAACUAAAUGUAGUGAAACCAUAUGAAUUGUUUGCCGGCAGAGUUGUAUCUAUUUAUGUCCUGUUUCAGCUUUGUAAACCAUAUAAAAACUCCCAAAUAUGUAACAAAGACUUGGUUUUUUAACUUUCUUCGCUGGCUGAUACAAGCAAUUACACAACUAAUCAUUAGUGAAUGCUUUUUUACAGCUUUUUUUUCUCUGGUGUGAAUAAUUCCUGUCUUUUCCUGGUGUUAAGGGAUAUUUUUUGCUUUUCCAUAUGCAGAAGGAGAAGCUAGAUAGUUUGGCUUUAUGUGACUAGAAGAGGAAAUUCUGGCUUCUUAAAUGAUGUUUGUUACUUAAAUCUUUGUAACUUUAUAGUCUUUUUUACAGCAGUUGUGUGUAUGUGUGAGUGGGUGAGUGUGUGUGUGUGUGUGUGUGUGUGUGUGUGCGUGCAUGCAUGCUUUUCGCAGAUUAUUUAGUACUGCUAUGUAGUGUUGUAUUGACAGUUGUUAACUGACGAUUUCUUUCGAGCAGUUUGCGAACUGAUUUUUACUCAUGGAAAAUCGCUUAUCUGAUUCUUGUUGUGUAGAGCCUGUGUAAAUCUAGUUUGUUUGUGUUUUACCGCUUUCAAUUCAAUAAAAAACAUUUGAAAAUCUU